CUUGGACAACAAAGACAGAAACUUGCUGCGCAUUCAAGAGAAAGAGAGGAGGAGUCAGGAAGCUCUGAAAGAAGACGACAAAACCCCUGAGAAGACUCCCCUCUUUGCAGAACCCUACAAGACUAAUAAAAGAGAUGAGUUGUCAAGACGAAUUCAGAACAUGCUGGGCAAUUAUGAGGAGGCCAGGGGGCUCAUAAGCAAAAUGUCCCAUCUCAUAGAGGUUCCAAGAAGCGUUGCUCCUCUGAUCCCACAAGGAAAGCCUGAUUACCCACACUUCCCUAAAGAGACCAGCCAUACAUUACUGUUUUCAUUCCACCACACAACCCACCCUCCACCCAUGGGACCUAUGGUUGUAGCUCCUCCCCCUCCAGGCCACUCCAUUCACCACCAAAAGGCACAAUCAAGAACAGAACCAGCUUCAGGUUUGCACACCGAGGGUCACAGCUUACCCAAUGGUCAGAACCAAAGUCCAGAACAUAAUUGUGAUGGCCAGGAAAGUCAUGCAAGUUCUCAUCACAAGGGAAAUGACAGGCAUGCAGCUGGUGAAGGUCAUGCUAAUGAACUGCAGGACCCCCUGGUUCUUUCUCCAUUGCUGUCAUCUUUGUCCGCUCCAGUGGCACCCCUGUUACCUCUACAAUCCAGCCAUUCCAAUUCCAACUCACAGAAGAGCAGCGAAAGUCAUGAGCUGACCUGCAGUCAAACAAAAUCAUCUCAGGACCUAGUGACAGAAUCAGAGGAGGAAAGUUGGGACAGCUCAAACGAUGACCUGACCAUCACCCCUCCGCCUUCCUCUCCACCCUUUGCCCCACCUUUGCCAUCACAAAACAGUGCAAUGCAGCCAAAACCAACCGCCUAUGUUAGACCAAUGGAUGGCCAAGAUCAAACACCAGUUGGGUCCCCAGAGCUUAAACCUCCACAGAAGGAAUACCAUGGAGAACUCGAUGAAGAAAUCUCGGAUUUGAAGGCAGAUGCCAAGGCCAAACUAUCCGAAUUGGAAAUCCCUUCUGAGCCCGUAGAGGAAACCUUCCCCAGUGAUACUCGCUCCGUUGAAGACAUUUUGAAGGAAAUUACCGAAUUAUGGCUACCUCCCUUGACAGAUAUUGAUACGCCUAGUACAGCAGAGCCUUCCAAAUUUCCGUUCCCGACAAAGGAAUCACAGCACGUUGGAUCUGUAGCACAGAAUCAGAAAGAAUGUGACGCACCGUCAGAAGCACGGCCUAGUUCUCCACCAGUCGCAUCAAUGCUUCCGGACGACCUGCAGCUCAGUGAUAGUGAAGAGAGUGGUGACGACCAAGUUGUUGAAAAGCCACCUUCUUCACUUGCUUCUCCAAGUGCCCUACAGUCCCAGCCCAAGAGUGCGGCAUCAGCACAUUCCAGCAGCUCGAAGUCAGGGAGCUCCAGUGACUCAGGGAGCUCUUCAAGCUGCUCUUCAAGCUCUUCAGACUCGGAGAGCACCUCAAGUGACAAGAAAGAUAACAACCCUCAGAGAGAGAAAGCGUCAGCGCCUGAGCCUGACCCACCAACAGUGGGUGGUAAUAAUAAUAAGUGGCAGCUUGACAACUGGCUAACCAAGGUGAACCCACCAGCAGUGCCAACAGACAGUCUCGGCCAAAUCACCCAUGGAGAUGGACACAAAGAGGGCAAGAAGCAGGAGCAGGACAUCAGCAGCAAUUCCUCCGACCAGCGCACAGAGCCGAGGGAGCCUUGCCACAAGAGCUCCGGCCAAGCAGACAAGACUCCUCAGGAUGCUCAUCUUCCAACCAAAAGCAACAGCCAGAAGUCUUCUGUGUGCACUAAGAAGGCUUCGCCCAAGCAGGCUGUGGGGAUCAAAAGGCCCAGCAAGGCCCCGGAGCACCAGGGGCCCAAGAAAGCCCUGAAGUUGGAGAAGGACCCUAGUUCUGUUGAGGUCAGAGACCAGUCUUCCAAGGACAAGCUAAAAGUCAAAACAAAAGGGAAGCCAAAAUCCAGUGACAGAAAAGACCCAAAGCUGACACUGCAAGAGACCUGUGAGAACAGAAAGCACAAGAGCUCCCACCAGACCAGCACCAAAACCGUCUUGGACCCCAAGCUCGUGAAAGAUGUUUUGCCGGGCAGUGCCCAGGACCAUCUCACUCUCAGUCCCCUUCCUCAAGGUCAGGACACAACCCUCACCGAGACUAGUGGCCACAGGCCUGCCAUCAAGACCAAAGAGGAUGUUCACAAGGAGAAACUUCCCCUGCCUAUCAAGGAGAAAAAGUUGCUCUCACCAGAGAAGAAGUCCCCUACCCCUCAGUCCCUCAAGGUGAAAAUAGAUCUCUCUCUCCUGUCAAGAGUCCCUGAGCGCCCCAGGAAAGACAGUCAGCAGGAGAAAGCAGAGACCAAGGAACUCCCUGAUGAAAGGAAGAAGGAGUUGAAGAGGAAAACCACGGAUGCUUCUGACAAGUCUCUUCAAAAGAGGAAGAGGGAAGUGGAGGACGAGAUUGAUAGGAAGAAAAUGAAAUCAGAAAAAGAAACAAAAUCAUUGCAGUCUUCAGCUAACAAAGACUCUGAUAAAUUGAAAGCAUUAAAAGCUUCACCUGAAACUCAGGAGAAAGAUCCACUGCCACCCAUGUCUUCUGCACAUUCUGCACCAAAGUCAACCAAGAUGGCCCAAAAGAGACCCAGAAGUGAGAGUGACGAGCUCCCUGCCAUGGAUAACACUGCCAAGAUCAAGAGCAACCACAAGGAUCCUUUGAUCCCCAAGCACAUGAAAGUGGAGAGAGAUGACGCUGAACCAUUGAAGGGCAUCAAAGAACGUGCAGGAGAUGUCACAAAUCCUUUCCCAGUGCCUUCUUUGCCAAAUGGUAACUCCAAGCCAAGCAUACCUCAAUACAAGUUUGAAAAAAAGUAUCCAGUUGAAUACUACAUACAAGAGGCCAAGAAGCUGAAGCACACAGCUGAUGCAAUGACCGACAAGACUGGAAGGGCCUUUCAGUACCUAGCUGCUGCGGUUUACUACAUUGAAUAUGGACUUGCCUUGGAAUCGGACGAACAAGCACCAAAAUCGUCUUUCGGCAUAUUCUGCAACACCAUAGAGCUUCUCAAAUUCACCAUGACUUUGAAAUGCUUUAUAGACUUCUCAGCAUCUCCAUAUGAAAAAAUCCUUGCCGUGUUAUGCAUGCGCUGCCAGUCUCUUCUGUACAUGGCAAUUUUUCGUCACAAGAAAGACUGUGCCAGAAAGUUUGCCAGGAUCCUGAAUGACUACUUCAGGGGUGUUUCCAGAGCAAUGCAAGCACCUUCUUUUUAUGUUGCAAGAAGCACAGGACUGCCUUCUCCUUAUUCUUCAAUGCCCUCUCCUGCCAGUUCUGCAGGCUCUCAGCCAGGAUCAAACGCUAGCUACUGCAGUGGCAACGGCAUUGGCUCUCCAAUCACUGUCCCCUCUGAUAUUCCAAACAUCGCCACUUCCUAUAUCGAUGUCACUUCCUAUGUCCUCUACGCGUAUGAAAUUUGGGAACACGCUGAUGCACUGGCCGAGCAGAAUAAGGAGUUUUUUGCUGAACUCAGCACAGUGACGUGCGCUCUGACACUGACCAGUCGCCUGACUGAACUGAUACACUACACUAAACAGGGUUUACAGUGGCUGAGACCGUACUCAAAUAUGCCUUAA